AUCGCUUUCCAAGUGUGACAAAAGUGACCGCAAUCCAGGCUUGCGCGAGCUUUGCUAACCAUCGAGUAAUUGAGCUGGAUGUACGAACAUAUUUCAGAAUGAUUCGGCCUCGUCGUCCGAGACAUGGCGUAAAUCAAAACCAGAACCUGCAAAGCCUCGACUCACUCGACCCCUCCAAACCCAUCUCGCAAAUCCCAUCCUCCGUCGCUGGACGAUUCAGAUGCCUGCUAUGGGUCCACGAUGAGGAAAUGCGUGCGUCAAGCUUAGACAGCAGCGGGAGGGCAGCCGUGGCUACUGUGGCCAUGAGGGCGUGUGUGCGCGGUUGGAUUGUUCUGGCCCUGGGUAUGACAGCUACCGCCCUAGGGAUUCCCGCCGCCUUGAGGAUUGCCGCCGUUGCCCUGAUGAUUUGCCUAAGACUCGAUCUGACGGGCUAUGAGAGGUGCGCGAGGAGCAGCGGGUGGCUUGCUGUGGUCGAGGCUAUGGCCAUUCUUAGGCCAUGUAAUCUGAAGAGUGGAUUCAGCAUGGCGGAGUUCUGCUAGUAUUCCACAGGAACACGCACCGGGCUGGACUCGGUACGCUCCGGAAGAGCAUCGUGGGUGGUAGGCGAAGGGAUGUAAGGGCAGGCAAAGGUCCAGGAAACUUCCAAGUCGGAUCCUGUG